CCUAUAAACCUCCCACCACGACUCCCCUCUCUCUCAUCCCAUCCGCGCCGCCGCAAUCCACCUCCACAUCUACAUCCAGAGCCACCAAGAGAUCGCCGGAUCCACAGGCCGGUCAACGAAGAAGAGAGGGAGAGUUCGGCCGGAUCCCACCAUGGUGGUCGCGCUCGGCCCCGGCCGGUUCUACGGCAGCGGCCUCCCUCGUCCACGCAUCUUCCCCGGCGACCGCGUCGACCCGCCGGCGCCCGUCACCGACGCGCUCCUCUGCUGGGCGAGGGAGGCGCACUGGUCCAUGGGCGGCCUCGGCGCCAAGCGCCUCCGCCUGCAGGGCCGCAUCGAGGGCAACCUCGUCAAGCUCCGCCGCACCGCGCGCCGCGACGCCAAGGCCCGCGCCGCCGGGGAGAAGCCCGCCUCCCUCGACGCGCUCGGGUCAGAUGAUGACGAGGAGUCGGACAGGGAGGAGGUCCAGGCCCAGGAGCGGGCCCUCCGGCGGGAGGUCGUCGACGACGAGGAGGACGACGGCUCCGGCGACUCGGAGGACGAGGAGUUGGUGGCGCUCGUCACCAUCGCCGCCGCCGCCAAGAGGAAGCGCGCCAGGAAGCUCUUCGACGAGUUCGACCGCAUCGCGCCGCAGAAGAAGAAGCAGAAGGUCGCGGCCGCGACUCCGGCCAAGGCCGUGUAGCCAAAGAAGUCUGCUGCUGCUGCGGCUCCAGCUGCUGCUGCUCCCGUGAAGGCCUCACUGAAGAGGAAGGUGGCUGAUGCUAAGACCUCACCGAAGAGGAAGGCCGUGGAGGCGCCGACGGCAAGGAGGACCUCGCCGAGGUCCAAGCACUGACCAACUGGUGCGCGUUCAGAUGUGCAAUUCCUGGUUCUUGAUGUGUCUGAUUGAUAGCUCGAGCGAUUGGGGAGUGGUCUUGGAGAUGCAAGUUGCUAUAUGUUCGUCGAAUUGUUGGAGUGAAAUGUAAUGCCGUGCUUCUAUAUAUCUGAAUCAAAAUCCUUUUGAAUA